GCUCACCCGGCAAUUGUGACUUGGCCGGCAGCUCAGCUCCUCCUGCUUUGUGACGCUGACCCCCAGGAGCAGGAGUGGACAGCAGGACACCCGGCAGUCAGGAAUGGAGUUGGUGACCUUUGAGGACGUGGCUGUGAACUUCACCCUGGAGGAGUGGGCUUUGCUGAGUCCUUUCCAGAAGAAUCUCUACAGAGCUGUGAUGCGGGAAACCAUCAGAAACCUGCAUGCUGUAGGACAAAAAUGGAGAGACCAGAACUUUGAAGAUGAGUAUAAAAAUCUUGGAAAAUAUCUAAGAAGUCAAGCAGUAGAGAGGCUUUGUGAACAUGAGGAAGGCUGUCAAUGGGGAGGAGCCUUCAGCCAGACUCAUGAGAUUGUGAACAAGGAAACUCCUGGAGGAACACCAUGUGAAAGCCGUGUGUGUGGAGAAGUCCUCGAUAGUCACUCAUCUGUAAAUGUGCCCCUCAGGGAUCACAAUGGACACAAACCAUGUGAAUACCUAGAAUAUGAAGAAAAGCCACGUAAAUGUAAGGAAAGUGGGGAAACUUUUCAUUCUCCACGAUGCCUUGAUAAAAAUGAAAGGAUUCAUACUGGAUGUACCUAUGAAUGUAAGCAGUGUGAUAAAGCCUUCAGGUAUCUCAGUUCUCUUCAGAAUCAUAAAAGAAUUCACAUAGACAAACACCAUGAAUGUAGGAGAUGUGGGAAAACCUUCAGAAGACAUGGUGACCUUCAAGACCAUGAAAGAAUUCACACUGGAGAGAAACCAUAUUCAUGUAAGCAGUGUGGUAAAGCCUUCACUCAACCCAGUUACCUUAAAAAACAUACAAGAAGUCACACUCUAGAUAAACCCUUUAUAUGUAAGCAGUGUGGUAAAGCCUUCCAACAAUCCAUGUAUCUUCAAAGACAUAUAAGACUUCACACUGGAGAGAAGCCUUAUGUGUGUCAGCAGUGUGGGAAAGCCUUCACUUUGUCCAGCUACCUUCUGAAGCAUGAAGUAGUUCACACAGGGGAGAAACCCUAUUUAUGCAAUGAGUGUGGCAAAGCCUUCACCCACUCCACUUCCCUUCAUAAACAUAAAAUAAUUCACAAUGGAGAGAAAACUUAUGUGUGUCAGCAAUGUGGGAAAGCCUUUACUUUGUCCAGAUACCUUCUAAAGCAUGAAGUUGUUCACACAGAAGAGAAACCCUAUGUAUGCAAUGAGUGUGGCAAAGCCUUCACCCACUCCAGUUCCUUUCAUAAACAUAAAAGAAUUCACACUGGAGAGAAACCUUAUGUGUGUCAGCAGUGUGGAAAAGCCUUCACUUUGUCCACUUACCUUCAAAUACAUGUAAGAAUUCACACAGGGGAAAAACCCUACUUAUGUAAGGAAUGUGGCAAAGCCUUCACUCAAUCCAGUUACCUUCACACACACAAAAGAAUACACACUGGAUAGAAACCUUAUGUGUUGGAAAUGUGGAAAAGCCUUCAGGUGGUUCCCUUCCCUUCAAAAACAUGAAGUAGUUCACGCAGGAUGAAAACCUUACUUAUGUAAGGAGUAUGUCAAGGCCUUCACCCAGUCCAGUUCACUUCAGAAACAUAAAAGAGUUCACAUGGGAGAGAAACCGUAUGUGUGUUGGCAAUGUGGGAAAGCCUUCAGUUGGUUCCCUUCCCUUCAAAAAUGUGAAGUAGUUCACACACGAGAAACCCUAUGUGUUAACAUUGUAGAAAAACUUCAGUAGCUAAAGCAGCAUUCCUAAAUAUGAAAAGAGUCACUGAAAAGAAACCCUGUUAGUGGGAUAAAUGUGAAGAAACUUGUGCUUCAAUUACUUUCAAGUUCAUAAAACAACUCACAUUGGAGAAAAAGCCCAUCUGUGUAAGGAAUGUAAAUAGACUUUGUUGACCCCAGUUCCAUUUCAUACUGCAAGGGAUUUGUAGUGGAAAGAAAUGCUGUAGAUGUAAUUUGGGAAUACCUUCAGUCAUUCCUGUUCCUUUCAGACACAUGGAAGGACUCACACUGGAGAGAAAUCCUGUGUUUAGGAUUUUAAAAGGUUUCAGUAUCAUCUCAUGUUCCUCGCAUGUAUAAUAGUCAUGGUGUAAAGCACCUUGGACUGUCUUGAGUCCUCUUAAGUUCAAUUCACAGAUACAAAAGCACACAGGAUGGAAUCCUGUUGAAUAGAUGUGUCAGUCUUCACUUGGUCCACUUGGAGAAAGAAUACUUAAUGUAUCAAAAUAAUGGCAAUGUGGAGUCAGUUUUGUUGUGUUUGGGGUUAUGUGCCUGUAAUACUGGCAUUGGAGCUCAAGUGGGAGGAUCUCAAAUUUGAAUCUGACCUGGGCUACAUUGCAACAUCCUAAGACAAAGAAGAGCUUUGGGUUUUCAUAAAUAAUUUGAAUGUACCAUGACAUUUCCUCUAGAAGUGAAAUCCUAUGACUCUAACUUGUUUGAGGAGACUAAGACAAACGUAAUUGUACAGAAUGCUCCAGAAAAUACCGGACCUGAAGGUAAUCUUUUUUUCCUUUUUUAAUGAAGGUAAUAUUUUAAAAGCUAUACACUUAUUGUUUGUAUCAAUGGCUCCUUUUAAAAGUAUACAUCUUUAGGUUGUGUCUCCUUCAGACCCUUGAAAGGAAACAUGGCGACAUAGUUCUGUAAGUAUCAUUCAGUCAAUAGAGUGUAAGUAUUACAGGUGAUACUUACUUUAA